AUGUCCGAUGCAGACAAUGAAGAUGCACUGUCCAUCAACGGUGCGCAUGCUCAUGCGUGUGCACAGAUCGUUGCUCUGCAUGCGGUGUUCUCCAUGCGGUGUUCCAUGCACUGCAACUCGUCCGACAAAAUGCUUGUGGCCAUCUCCCUUUACGGUCUGUACGGUCCGUCUAUAUCGUCCUCGCACCCUUCAUCAGCGUCGUACUUGGUGGCAGCAUUGAGAAAUGCCACGCCGGCACGUGGACCGGCGCUGGUCGGUGUCAACAGGCAAGUCGAUCGCAUCGUGGGACGUCGCGAAACUGGAUGCAGCCACGACGAUGAUGCUCGAACGCCUUUGAGAAUCCGACUUUGGCCAUGGACGGUUGCGUGUCGAACGUCGAACGUCGAACGGCAGAACGUCAGGCCUCGUGAUCUCCAGAAGAGACGCGAGCGCCCAACCGUGGAAAAGAACGGACGGACGGGUCAGACCAGACGAUAA